CUCUCUGAGAACCCAACUCACAUUGCACCUCUUCUUUCCCGGGUAGGAAUGAGACCUAUGUGUGUGGAGCUGGGAUGACCCCAAUAUUCUGAACCGUUUUGCUUUUUUUUGUGGUGGCCCGGGACCUUCUCGGACCGUAUGCGCGCAUUCACGCAUAUCUUCACUCACUCACUCACUCACUCACUCACUCACUCACUCACUCACGCACACACAUAAACAAAACACCACACAUCAUAUUCCGCGUCUGCAAACCAACGAACAGCGCAGACAGGUUUUGCUCUGCGAAAGGCUGUCUUGCAGACUACACUCGAGAAGAGUUACGGAGUGUACUCUACUUAUCCCCUACGAUUUUUGGUGUAUGAAAAAAAUAAACAUUCUAUAAAGAGGAGCAGUACAAUCAAUCGUGGAUCUCGGAUAUGGCAGGUGUGAAGACAUUCGACCUUGUUGUUGGAGUUGUUUUAGUUUUUCUGUCUCUUGGAAAUGCGUUUCAAGAGCCCGGACAGGACCCGACAAACGGGGACUCCUACUCCUACGUGCAAGGGCAGCCUCUGGAUAAGGAGGACAUGGCGGUUGAUGUGAAGCUGUACAGUCACCGGUGGAGGAGGUGGCUGUCCCCAGAACAGCCACGUAACAGGGACAGCAACAGGGCCAGCCAGGACCAAGAGCAGGGUCAGGAUCAGGGUCAAGACCAACCUGAUGGGGGUUUCCCAGGCCUGCUCUCAGCAGAGGACAGCCAGGACACUGACAACAGCUCCCAGAUAGAGGAGGACACAGAUCACAACUACUACACAUCGAAGACCUACGGCCCCACGGACCCCAUGAGCAAAGACUUGUGGGUAAACGUUGACCAGAUGGACAAGGACAAGGUGAAGAUCCAUGGCAUCCUGUCCAACACUCACAGGCAAGCUGCGAGAGUAAAUCUUUCCUUCGAUUUUCCCUUCUAUGGACAUUUCCUGCGUGAUCUCACCGUGGCAACUGGUGGGUUCAUCUACACAGGGGACGUGGUCCACAGAAUGCUGACGGCCACCCAGUACAUCGCCCCCCUCAUGGCCAACUUUGACCCUAGUGUCUCCAGGAACUCAACCGUCAUCUACUUCGACAAUGGCACUGCUCUGGUGGUCCAGUGGGAUCAUGUCCACCUGCAAGACAACUACAACCUGGGUAGCUUCACCUUCCAGGCCACACUGCACAGCGACGGCAGGAUUGUCUUCGCCUACAAAGAGAUUCCAAUGGAGGUGGCCCAGAUCAGCUCCGUCAAUCACCCGGUCAAAGUGGGCCUCUCCGAUGCCUUUGUGGUGGUCCACAGGAUCCAGCAGAUACCCAAUGUUCGUCGGAGAACGAUCUAUGAGUACCAUCGUGUGGAGCUGACAAAGACCAAAAUCACCAACUCUACAGCAGUGGAGAUGAUGCCUCUACCGACGUGUCUCCAGUUCACCAGCUGUGACAGCUGCAUCUCCUCCCAGAUCAACUUCAACUGCAGCUGGUGCCACCUCCUUCGCAGGUGUUCCAGUGGGUUUGACCGCCAUCGGCAGGACUGGGUUGAUAACAGCUGUCCUGAUGAGACCAAAGACAAAAGCUGUGAUAUCAUCAGCACCACACAACUCGGUCCAUUCAUCACCACGUUAGUUGCCAAAACAACAGGCCAGAGCAGAAGCCGAGGAGAGACCACCACAGCCGGAGCCUCCUCGUCCACAUCCCGACCCCCAACCAGCGUCCCCACUGAAGAUGACACCAAGAUUGCUCUGCAUCUUAAAGACAAUGGAGAUUGCUCUGCUUUCUGGGGAGGACAGGCCAAGGGAAGGAGCGGCUCAUUGAAGCCGUGUUGAAGCACCUCAUCCAGAGGCUGAUUUGAAAUGGCUAACUGUACCAAGUUUGGGGAUUGGACUGAUCAAUCAUGGUGUCUACGUGUGUCCCCCAAAUGGCAACCCAUUCCCUUCAUAGUGCACUACUUUUGACCAGGGCCCAUAGUAGUCCACUACAUAGGGAACAGGGUGCCAUUUUGGAUGCGGCCUUUGUGGGUUGCCUCCAAAUUAAAUAAAUAGCACUGUGAAAAAACACAAUUUGGAGUGCGGACCCUUGACAAAUGAACUCAAUGUCAUCAGGAAUUUGAGGGGGAUUCCAGUAUGGUGGGUGUGGUCAACAAUCUCACACACAUUUCCAUUUCAACAGGAUGUAGGUACUACCGGUUAUAUGGUCGACUCUGCUACGCACACACCUCAACACAGCAGGGUAUCUAUUUAACAAAAUGAACUGUUUAAAUAACAUUUUCUGCUGAUUAGUUACACCCACUCUGUGUGUGUGUGAGAGAGAGAGAGAGAGAGAGCAAGAGUGUUAGACUGACAUUUGAAUUCCAAAAUUAGUCUCAACUCCAUCACUUCGUGAGUAAACCACACAAAUAUUUAAUUUCCUCCCAGAGAGAAAUUGGAAAUCUGUGUCUCUUAUCGUCCUUACCCAAACAUUGCCUAUCUCACUCGCUGGCUCGUGGCACAGCCUCUUCCCAGAUGUCAGACAAGACAAAAUCUCUGCGUGCCCAUUUUCAUUUGGGAGAAACCGGACCUGUUUCACGGGAUGCGUCCCAAAUCGCACCCUUUGCUCUGUGGCGUGCACUACUUUUGACCAGGGCUCAUAGGCUCUGGUCAAAUGUAGUGCACUAUGCAGGGAAUAUGGUGCCAUUCGGGACCUAGUCACUGUGUGGGAAGCGUGCUGGGAAGGGAUUUGGGCCUAAGGUGAAAGCCAAAAGGGAUGGAGGGAAUGAGCCAGUGUGAUCACACUGAAACCACAGAGCUGAAGGUUGCUGCAGCCCAAACCACACCAUGUCUUUAGGUGCACACUGCACGUGACUGAUUACAACCACAAACCAGCCAUGUGACUAUAGGGAGAGGAUGUCUAAAGUAAUGGUGGCCAUGGCUUGGCUGGUGUAGCGCUAAUGCCGCAGACUCCAACACGCGUCUACGCCGAACAGCAUAAGUUGGCAACCGGUCUACACAGCCUCUAGCUUUUCCCACUGUCAUCCACUCUCACCGGCUGUUCAAUAGCAUUUGAAAAUACUACACAGCAGACAUACAGUGCGUCAAGCAACGUGAGCUGUGGAUUUAGAAUUUGAUAUCUGGUGCAUCUUAUCCGCUCCACUCUGCUUUGGGCUUGGACACACGUUCACAUUCCAGUGGGAUUUCUAUCAGAUCCAGCGGUGUGCGUGUCCUUUCACCUUGGGAAACACGGAGCACGGCAGGAAAACGCUAAUGCGAUUAGCCUUGGCCCGAGUGGUAAGAUGAGGGACAACCGGGACACACCCUACUGUCUCACUGCAGAGGCUACGCGAGGACGACAGGGCACCCCUUAUCCUCCGAGCGCGAUGAGACAAAGUCAUCUCUCCCUUUUGGGUUGCGUCUCCAUAAGGCAACCCGUGCACUGUAUCGGUCACUAUUCUCCCUGGGCCAAAAGCAGGGCUAUACAGUGAAUCCGUUGCCAUUUGGGAGACUAUGUGUCGACGAGCUUCACUAGGCACGUUAGCCAGGAUGAGAGGAUGGCUGUGGCCCCGUGACACUUGUGCUGUCAGUAACGUGGCGCUAAAAGCGCAGCGUGGUCUGGGUCCACGCGGCCAUUCAGUUCAUCUCCCCUGCCCAGGCUCUGUGUUUCGCUGUCUGAAGGCUCGGUAAGUACAGCAGGUUUAUGUGCCGAGAGCGUUUAUGAGGAGAAUGCUGAUUGGUUGAUCAUAGGGAGAUGGUUCGAACUCCAGCCAUGACCUCCGCAGUCCCAGUCCCAUUCAUGUAGCUGUGUCCUGAUGUGACUUUGCUUCGUUAUACUGCAGAAACCAAUGUAACCUUAAUUUCAAUGUCUGCUUUGCAAAUAGCACUCCUAUAUAGUGCACUACUUUUGACCAGAGCCCUAUGGGGCUAUAAAUAGAACAAAUAAGGUGUCACUUGGAACACGGCCCAUACCUUUCAAAGCCAUGCCUGCAGUGUUCACAAUAUCUAAUGUUCCAUGCAUAACAGUUGUAUCUUUCAUCAAUGUUUAUUAUGAGUAUUUCUGUAAAUUGAUGUGGUUCUCUGCAAAAUCACCGGAUGUUUUGGAAGCAAAACAUUACUGAACGUAAUGCGCCAAUGUAAACUGAGAAAUAUAAUAAUAUAAUAUAAAUAUGAACUUUAUCGAACAAAACAUACAUGUAUUGUGUAACAUGAAGUCCUAUGAGUGUCAUCUGAUGAAGUUCAUCAAAGGUUAGUGAUUAAUUUUAUCUCUAUUUCUGCUUUUUGUGACUCCUCUCUUUGGCUGGAAAAAUGACUGUGUUUUUCUGUGACUAGGUACUGACCUAACAUAAUCGUUUGGUGUGCUUUCGUCGUAAAGCCUUUUUGAAAUGGGAUUAACAACAAGAUUAUCCUAAAAAUGGUGUAAAAUACUUCUAUGUUUGAGGAAUUUUAAUUAUGAGAUUUCUGUUGUUUUGAAUUUGGCGCCCUGCACUUUCACUGGCUGUUGUCAUAUCGAUCCCGUUAGCGGGAUUCAAGACAUAAGAAGAUAAACUUCUCCUUAAUGCAACCGCUGUGUCCGAUUUCAAAAAAGCUUUACCGAAAAAGCACACCAUGCAAUAAUCUGAGUACAGUGCUCAGACAACAAAACAAGCCAUACAGAUAUCCGCCAUGUUGUCGAGUCAACAAAGUCAGAAAUAGCAUUAUAAAUAUUCACUUACCUUUGAUGAUCUUCAUCAGAAUGCCCUCCCAGGAAUCCCAGUUCCACAAUAAAUGUUUGAUUUGUUCAAUAAAGUACAUAAUUUAUGUCCAAAUAUUAUAAUAUGUCCAAAUAAAUAUUUUUCACACGG